AUGAAGGUAUCUUUACAAUUUAACUACGAUGAAGCCUCUGAACACUGUGAACUAUCCACUGAUUUGCUUGAAGCAAAAUCAGAAGGAAAGCAGCAGAGUACGAACUCUAUCUUUGCAACCAUAGGAAUUCCAAACUAUGCCCAUCUCAAAAAGCAGAUAUUGGUAAAUUGUGAAGUCAAUAAGGAAUUGCCAGAGAGAACAAUCAAGCUUGCCUCAAGACUUCUUAAUGUGAGCACUGCAGCUCCUACAAUAGACUACUGUUACAUACAAGUUUCAGAGGAGAAACCUCCGACAUUAGAUAGUAUAACCCUUCUAUUAAAUACAAAAUUAUAUGAUAAGUUGGUUACAUUAUCUACAGAUUAUGAGCGCCUAGAAUUCUUUUCACUGAAGUACAAUAUCAGAAACUUAAAAACGGUUAUUCACAAUGGUGAUCUGAUUUCAGAAGGUUGGUGUGGCAUUUUGGACUGCCAGCCGUUUAAUGAAGGCCAGAUAGAUUUUUCAAAGACAGAGACAAUAUUUGUCAGGGAUGAUGAAGGCUUCCUUAGAAAAAAUAAGUCAAUCCCUGUGAAUUCAUUAGACAGCAGUCGAAAUAAAUACCCAAUCAAAUGUUUAAAGUACCCGGUUCCUUCUGACUUGAUCAUACCAAAACCAGACACGCGUGAGGAUGAUACCUUCUUUAUUUUUGCUGAUACGGCUAUUUUAUUAAAUGUUGAUAUUACUAGUGGCUCUUUGAUAUUACUUGAAGAUGAAUCCGGUCAUACGACCCCCGCGAAACUAUUUGUUUUACUUACUCCUAAUUCAUACGAUAAAUCAACCUUAUACGCACAUCCAAGAUUGUUAUCAAAAUUUUCUAGUAGCAGCUACCUUUCGAUAAAAAGGUAUAAUGCCCUUAGUAACGAAAAUUCGAUAAGAAGUGAAAGUUUGAACGUUGCCAGUUCAGUUUCAAUAGCAAGAAUUGGAGGCUGGUAUCAGUCACAAAAGAUUUAUCAAGAAAUAAUUAUGCACAAUCUUAGGACUUUUUUCAUGAACAAAGAGAGAAUAGUUAAAGUUGGAGAUCUAUUGCCUAUUGCCUUUGAUUCUUCAGCAUCGCACUUAUUUAAUGAGGGAAUGGGCGAUUGUCCAAUAACGCAAUACAAUGAUGCUUUAGUAUGGUUUCGUAUUGAAAAUAUAGCACUAAGUGCAAAUGAAGAAAAUGCUACUCUCAAUGAAGUAAGUGAUGCCGAUCAAGCAGUCGAAGUCCCUCUGAAUGGAAUGUUUUUGAUAAAUCCAGGUAUGGGAACAAAACUAAUAACAUCGAACAUGGUCAAAGAGAAGAUUAUCCCUACCAAAGCUCAUGACAUUCUUUCAUAUUAUGAUAUCCGUAGGCCUUUCUCUUACGACUUUGAAAUAUUUCCAUAUGCUGAUAGUUUAGUGAAUAUUGUUGAUUCCGCCAUAAAAAAUAUUACCGCUGAUUUUCCAAUAAAUACUUCUAUUCUAUUGUACUCAUCAACUCCUUAUACGGGGAAGAGAAUGUUAGUGGAUUUUUUGUCCUCCUGGUUAGGGCUAUCCCUAAUUCAAAUUGACUGUUUCGAUCUAAGUGCAUCUGUAGGUUCCUUAGAUUCUGUAAUUAAGAUUAUUGGGUAUCUCAAAAGUAAAUUAGAGAACAUUCUGCCGUAUGUUAAUGGUUCAAUAGUAUACAUUUCUCACUUAGACACGAUCCUUUCUCAGCAUGAUCCCAAUCAAGAUCCAGAUAGUUCGAAACUUUCCAGAAUAUUUGAAAUCGAAUUCAAUAAAUUGAUUGGCGGCUUCGCGGAAAAAUAUGAAAGUGUUAUAUUUAUUGCAUCUGUUAGUGAUAUUGAUGAUAUCCCAGUUAGCAUAAGGUCACAGUUUAAAUUUGAAAUAGAAGUUCCUAUACCGAAUGAAGCACAGAGGAGAGAGAUUUUUAAAUGGCAUCUCGGCAUUAAUGUGCUUAAUAUUAACAGUUCAAAAAGUGAUUUUGUAUUCUCCACUGGCAAAGAUGUUUCUUUAGAUACGUUGGCCAUACAUUCUGCUGGGUUAAAUGCUUCAGAUAUAAACUCUAUCAUUCAAAGCACAAAAGCAGAUGUUUUAUCGCAACAUAUUGCAGAGAAGCAAAGCAGUCAAGCAUGGUUCAAAAAAAAACUUAUAAUCAGCAUGCCAGAUCUAAGUAGAGCAAUUGCUAAGGCAAGAGAUGAAUUUUCAUUAUCGAUUGGUGCUCCAAAGAUCCCAAACGUUACGUGGGCAGAUAUUGGUGGUGUUGAACAAAUAAAAGGUGAAAUAAUGGAUACUAUUGAUAUACCAUUGAAGCAUCCUGAACUUUUUGCAUCUGGGGUACAAAAAAGAAGUGGUAUUCUAUUCUAUGGCCCUCCUGGCACUGGUAAAACACUUAUGGCCAAGGCAAUAGCAACAAAUUUUUCUUUGAACUUUUUUAGUGUGAAAGGACCUGAACUUUUAAAUAUGUAUAUUGGUGAAUCAGAAGCCAAUGUCAGAAAGGUUUUUCAGAGGGCAAGAGAUGCAAGGCCAUGCAUCAUUUUCUUCGAUGAAAUUGAUUCUGUGGCCCCCAAAAGAGGGAACCAAGGUGAUUCUGGAGGUGUUAUGGAUCGUAUCGUGUCGCAGUUGUUAGCUGAACUAGAUAGUAUGAGUAGUGAAGAAGGGGAGGGUGUUUUUGUUAUCGGCGCAACAAAUAGGCCUGAUUUGUUGGACGAGGCUUUGUUAAGACCUGGCAGAUUUGAUAAACUGUUAUACCUAGGUAUAUCAGACACCGUAGAAAAGCAAUUAAAUAUUUUGAAAGCACUGACGAGAAAGUUUAACAUGGACUCGGAUGUCAAUUUGGCCAAACUAGCCAAAAUAUGUCCAUUUAAUUAUACUGGUGCGGAUUUUUAUGCAUUGUGCUCCGAUGCUAUGCUAAACGCCAUGACGAGAAUUGCAAAAGAAAUAGAUGAAAAACUUAAACAGUAUAAUGAGCAUAGAAUGGAUAUAGGUGAAGGCAAGGUAUCAUUAAAAUAUUGGUUCGACAGAGUGUCGUCGGAAGAAGAUACCAGGGUAGCAGUAAAAAUGGAGGAUUUUUUGAAAGCGCAGAGAGAGCUCACCCCUAGCGUUUCACAGGAUGAAUUAGAUCAUUAUUUGGCAGUAAAGGAAAACUUCGAAUCAUGA